AUUUCUCCAUAAUAAUUUUCAGAACUGAACAAAAAUCCAGUGGAAGGUUUUUCUGCUGGAUUGAUAGAUGACAAUGACAUAUACAGAUGGGAAGUCCUCAUCAUCGGUCCUCCAGACACAUUAUAUGAGGGUGGAUUCUUCAAGGCACAUUUACACUUUCCAAAGGAAUAUCCUCUGAGGCCACCACGGAUGAAAUUUGUCACGGAAAUAUGGCAUCCAAAUAUUGAAAAGAAUGGAGAUGUUUGCAUAUCAAUAUUGCAUGAACCCGGAGAUGACAAGUGGGGCUAUGAGAAGGCAUCAGAAAGGUGGCUGCCAGUACAUACAGUGGAGACCAUUCUUAUAAGUGUUAUUUCGAUGCUCGCAGACCCAAAUGAUGAAAGCCCUGCUAAUGUUGAUGCUGCGAAAGAAUGGAGAGAAUCAUAUUCGGAGUUUAAAAGGAAAGUAGCACAGUGUGUGAGAAAGAGCCAAGAGGAUUGUUCCUAAAUAACAGUGCCCUUUUUCAUUAAUUUAGUAGAGUGAGUGUUUGGUGAUGCAGUUAGGACGUUGUUGAGAGCAUGCCCCGGCGUGACUCAUAGUGCGGGCCCCCCCAUCCGGGCCAGAGACAAUAUUGAAA